UUCGUUUCCGUUAUUUUUUUGCCAUCGGUACACUGAGUGAGCACACUACAUUUUAAGUCCUCAGAUCACUGUAACAUCGGGCGCUUACGAAUGCAUCGCGGAUUUAACUAUACAGUAUAAUAAUGUUUCUCAAUCUUUGUUUCCUUUGUGUUUUGAUGUCAGAAGCACUAUGUGAGAAACCACGUAAUACGAGUGAAUCUGUUCUCAACACGUACGUCAACUACAUCAACGCCUCCCACGACCUGGACAAGAGUGAUCGCGUCCUGAUGAGAAGGUGGUCCGAGGAGUUUCAGCUCCAGCUAGUCAACAUCACGUCUCAAUACAGACUCGACAUGGCGAGACACAGGGAACACAGCUUCAUGAUCAUUAAGGCCAAUGCCAAGUGGAACGAGUGUAUUAAAUUGCAUCGAAAUGAAAUAGACGACGCUCAGACAAUGUAUUUGACAAACGAGGCGGAGUGCCUGAAGGACGCCAACGCGAACAAAAAUAAGAAGAAACACUCGGUUGUCCAGAUGGAGAGGGAGAUAAAAAAAUGGCGGAAAAGCUACAGAUAUAUAAUAAAACAAUGCGAAGCGGAGAGUCCUAAAGACGACGCGGCAGUCGAUGACUGUGUCAUAGAUUAUAUCCAAAGAGACAACUAUCAUAUUGCCUUCCAAAGGCUGAUGCUGCUGAAGCUCGAGGCUAUGUCGGAGCUGUUCGAUCAGAUCAUCAGCUGUGAGAAGCAAUUAGAAGUCUGCUUGAAGGUGACCCUGGCCGAGUACUUGAACUCGGUCAGAACUAUCAUGGGCUACUUGAAUAGGUGUUAUAGGAGAGUUGUUGAAUGAACGAAAUCUUGUUAUACCUAAGUAUCUAUUAUAUUUUAUAGUUAUGAUCAAAGGUAAUAUAUAUUUAAAAAAAAUGUGCGUGGAGAUCCUCCUCGCGGAAGAAGAGACGCUUCGUAAUUGUAAGCUUUAAUAUUUAUAUUAAAUAAUAAUUGUCAAUUUGAAAAUAAAAUACUGCCGUUAAA